GUGGUAUUAUUCUUGAGAAUAAAGGGGGCAAAAUAGUUUACCCAAGGCUCUUUCUUCCAGUACGGACGCAAACAACAGCACUAUAUGGCACAUAGCUCGCGCUGUAUACGCGCCGGGCUUGGGGAGGCGUAGUCGAGCUAGAGCCUUGGUGCCCGCCAAUCAACCAAGCUCAGCUCAGCCUUGGCCGCACCCCUCCAAAGAGCCGGACACAUACGAGAGCGUUCCCCCAAACCGUGCCUCGCACCUCAACUGAGACUUUACAAACCGUCCUAGCCCAUUCCUCUCAUACAGCCCACUGGAUUUGUUUCAUUUUGCUUGCCUUUUAGGCAUAGAAUAUCGAAUUACUUGGUAUUUGUUAGGCACAACGUCGUCAGCCAAACCCCGCAGGCCGCCAUGGGGUUACGAGAUAUGCUGAAGAAGAAGAGCGACGUGGAUGAGCAUGGACCGCACGAUAAAUUUGAGGAAAGAGAUUCAGGACCAGAAUUUACUUUCAUCAGGACGGAUACUGUUUCUCAGGACAUCAUCCAUGUCCCUGGCGGCCAUGACCAGCGUGACAGUAGUCACCUGUCGCCCGGAGCCUCAUCCAAGGCGCAAUCAACACGGCGGAGUAUGGACAUGUUCCGCUCACGCUCUCGGUCUAGGGCGUCAUCGGUCUCUUCGCAUACCAGCCAUCAUUCUAGCUCACACAAAGACAGCACCGGUCGUCGACUCUCUCAACGGCUUCACCUGAGCCGUCAGCCAGAGUCGUCGGAUCUGGUGCCCGACAACUUGCCGGACAUUGCACCGACGGACCCAGGAGAUAAAGACGCUUUAGAGUCGCAGUGGGAAAAGCGAGCCACCAUCCUGGCUGGCCAGAAUGAGCUGAUACGCACUAGGUCCGUUAUUGAUCGCUCCCCUGUGCCUCCAGUGCCUCCGCUGCCUCCAUCCGAUAGCUUGGCUAGCCUGCGACUAGAUGACGGCAGGGGGCUACGCCCAGGAGGUGGAAGUCUGAGUAGAUCGCCAAGCGCAAGCACCCAGGUGUCUUCAAAGGCUAUUGACGCCAAUAUUCAGGAAGCUAUCCGACUACAUGAAGCUGGCGAUUUAAAGAACUCAACGAGGAUGUUUGGUGUGUUGGCGGACGAGAGCGGCACCAACAAUGCCCUAAGCCAGGUCUUGUAUGGUCUUGCACUUCGCCAUGGUUGGGGCUGUGACCCCGACCCCGAACGCGCGGUCAAGUAUCUGUCCGCUGCCGCCUCCAACGCAGCCUCUGUGGAAGAGCUUGCGUUGCAGGCCGGUAUGAAGAAGGGAGGUGCGGCCAAAGGUGAACUGGUUCUGGCCAUUUUUGAGUUGGCAAACUGCUUCCGCCAGGGCUGGGGUAUCCCUCGUGACCCGGUCGCUGCUAAACAGUACUACGAAACGGCUGCCAAUUUGGGAGACACGGAUGCGAUGAACGAAGUUGCCUGGUGUUAUCUGGAGGGUUUCGGCUGUAAGAAAGACAAGUACAUGUCGGCAAAGUAUUACCGCCUAGCAGAAAAUGCAGGCCACAAGACAAUAGGAAAUACUUGGAUAUGGAAGGAAAAGUACGAUCAACCGGGCAAGAAGAAGUAAUGGCUUGUGGGCGGCAUGGAUGAUAGACGAAGAGAAAAACGAAGAAAAAGGAGGCAGACACGAGAUGUACACUCAGCCUACCAUUUCAACACUGAAAUCUCUUACCGCGUGCACCAAGUCCCUCUACCAUGUAAAAUCUAUACGUCGCCGAAAUGGUCCCUUGAAUCGCUUAGGACACGCUGCAGUCCCGUGUUGCCAUCUUCAUGCAUACGCAGGUGAGGUCAUGCAGCCAUUGUUUAGGUCAGGGGUCCAUUCCGCUCAGCCAGACGAUACGUGAAGUAUGCCUGGGGCGCCUCAACUCUUCAAGGUAGGAACUAAAUACGAUAUAUCACGCGUGGCGCAACGUAACGCCGCCCACCAUCGCACACUCCAAGAGCACACUUGUGGCAACAUAGGCUUCUUGCGUCAUAAUUAUCUGUAGAGGGAAUGUCUCAAGCGACGCCGGUUACAAGCAUUACUACGCCACCUCUUUGGCAGUAGCCAGAUGGCGUACAGGCGGCCAGAGACAUGCAGCGGGCCAGGUUCGCUGCAUGUCUGAGACAACUCACCAACCACAACUCGGUUCAGCGUGGUAUUAGCGGCGUCCAAUGUGACUGGUUCAAGCACAUUGGCCCUCGUUUAUUUCUCACCGCCCGGAAGGCUAGGAACAAGCCCAGUCUACCAGGUCAUAGUCGUCGCCUUCAACCGCUUAAGACUGUCACGCUCGCACAGAGAUGGGCAGCAACACAGGUAUGAAAUGAAUGUAGAAUUUAGGAAUAAAACUAUGUAGCUGAAAAUACUAAAGUUUGGUCAUUCUUGUUGUCCAAGAUAAAAUCAUCAAAGUCGUUAAAGAGUAGAGAGGCAAGACGUCGUGUCUUGGAAUGGCAUGUCCAUUGGUGAAAAAGCAGACCCAACAUGCUUCAGAGGCGUUUAGUUGCCAUCGAGAUGACACUAGAUCGUACCGAAGUAUUAUCGGUGCGUUUCUUGUAUAUCGUUCUUUUGGAAGCGCACGAAUAAAUAUGCUCCAGAAGAAUCAUAUGAUAUACCAAUACCAAGAGCCUACCCUUGCAAGCCCACGGUAGUCCGGCCCUCGCUGCGCGAGGACACGGGGGUAUUUCCACUGAAUAAAUCAAAAGGAAAAGUCCAUUUAAACCCAGUAAAAAGACAAAGAAAUCAGAUGCUCGCUUGCUAUCCUCGCUUAAAAAAAAUUCGCAAAUGGUGGUGAACAAACUCAACCUUGGAUUGAGAUACUUUGGAUACAACCAAAGUUGUGGGUGCGUGAGCCGCUUGUCUGAUAAUGUAGGUUGCAUGAGAGCGUCGUCAUUUGUGUAGUAGGUUCAGGUCCGACUUUCGUAACAGCCCUCAAAACCAUGCGAAUUCCAAAUAUAUCCUCCGAAAAACACAAACAGGAAAAGUGAUCAAAAAGCGGAUAAAUCGCACAGUUACGUUGAAUGUCGCACUAAAGGAAGAAGAAACAAAGAAACAAGCCGUUAAAAGGUUCAUUAUCGUUGAAAUAUCGUCAUUCUUUCGUUGUCAUGUUGGUCGUUUUUGUCGCUCUCAAAGAUGCUGUCCUCUUUUCGUUCAUGACAUUAUGUUGCAUUGCUGCUAUUCGGUCUGUGGUCCGUGGCUACCCUCAACAACCAUCUUCGCAAAGUUGCGAACAACGUCGUUGGGGACCUUGUUCCAAAGCAGACUUCUAGUGUAGACCUCAGCCAUACCGGCUUGUCUACUUGUCUGUUGCAGAUUUUCAAGGGCUUCCGCUAGACUCUUGCGGCCUUGGUUGGGAACCCGGUGGUCUUGUGGAGGAUUGAGGUGCUGGAGGAACUCUUGAUCACUCAUCCCACUGUACUGUUCGGCUGCCAUUGCAAACGACUGCUGAUCACCAGUGCGGGGAAGGAUAUUAUUGGCCGCGCCUUCAAGCGAUGAAGUGUCUACUGGAGCAGAAGGGCUUUGCCAGUUCACACCUGAGGGCUGUGGACCAGCAGCUUGAAUUGUAUCGGCGAGCUGGGUGAUACCUGCAUCUCUCAAAACGGUGUCAAGGAGUGCUGCAGAUGCCUGGCGGAUAUCCUCAGAUGCUCGAGGGAUUGUUGGGUUAGCAGACCUGCUAGACAUGACGAAGGCGCCGACAAGGAAAAGCAUGAAGAGAAGGCCGCCUUGAGACGACGCCUUGUCAUGGUCGACAUCAGCAGUAGGUAGAGCAGUGUCAACUUUUGUGGUUUCUGAUUUUUCGACGAGUGUACCAGAGGUGAAGUUCCCUGCCGCAAAUGUUGAGCUGUCCCAGUUGCCAGGCAUAGCCAUGUCACUCAAGUCUCCGGCAUCAAAAGCAUUGGACGGGGAAGUUGGUGUGGUAACAUUGCCUUCAAGGCGUUGGAUGUGCUCCGUCAAAAGGGCAUUUUUCUUGCGCAGCUCUCGAGCCUCCACGGUGUGGGCGCGGAUCAUUUCUUCCUUUUGGGCUGCCAUGUUGUCCGCGUAGCCAACAUAAGUUUGAUUCUCACGGCGGAGGCGCUCCAGUUCCGCCUUGGCAGCAUUGAGCUCAACUUCCAUGUCGGCCACAACUGCAUUAAACUGCUUCUUUUCAUCUUCCAAACGCUCAGUGUGUAGCUUCUUACGCUGCCGGGAGUCAAGAGCAGCCUGGCGGUUACGCAACAAACGCUUUUGAGCUUUAAGCUCCUUGAUGCGAUGUUCAUCAGUGGAUUGAGCAAUAAGAUGAUCGAUGUUGCCAAGGUUGUGUUCAGGGGGGAUUUCGAAGCGAGUGUUGCGCUUGCGGAUACCUUCUUGGCGAGCAUCACUAAUGGACUGGGCUGUUUGCUGUUCCCUUGCUGGCAUAUGCGAUGAUCGGCUCCAUUCUUUGGGUACGAUGGCAGCAGCCAUGUUGUGAUUCAUUUGGCCUGUUGCGGGCGUGAACAUAUUCGGAUGAUUGAAUGACAUUGUAGCGCCCAUCAUUUGGAACGUGGGGUCCAUUUCUGUGAUGUUUUCAACUUGCUGUGGCGAGGUUCCAGAGACAUUGCCACGCAUAGGCCACAUGGCUGCCUGCGGGUUGAAUUCAUGAGUCGCUCCUUGGCCAAAGCUAGUGACGUUCACAUUCUGCUGCUGGUCCACAAAGGGGUUGCCGGAAGGGAUAGAUUGCAUAUCAACGCCUUGCCAGUCUUCUGACUUGGGGGAGAAGAGAGAAGGGCCGGCAGCAAAGGACUCGCGGCGGCUACCAUCCAUAUUGGGCGACAAUUCAAGACUGUCAGCGUUGUAGUUCUCAAAGAUGGCGUCUUCUAGGGCGGUUGCGUUGUUCCUGCUAAGCGAUUGCAGGUAUGAGGACUCGACGGAGGGAGUUUCCGAUGGCUGGAAGGCUUGCAUGGGUGACAAUGAACCUGGCAAUGAAAGAGUUUGGCAGGUGGAGUGAGUCCAAGAUGCGCGGAUCGACUGAUGGUGGGAAAAGCGGAGGCGUCGCUGAACCAACAGGGGAUCCUAGGAAGCGCUGAAGGGGGCCUUGAACUGAUCCUACAAUGUCAACAGCGUUGUUAGCAACUGAGGAGAGCCCGGGUGGCGGGAGAAAAAAUAAUUUCAGAGCACGGAAGGCAUUCGGCGGCUGGGAGAGGCUGGAAAGAAGGGGAUAGAGGAUGAAAAGAAGACUAAAAAGUGUAUGUCUCUCAGGACGGCGAGGUGAAGGGCAAGUGUGGGGAGGUAAAAGAAAUGAAGACGAAGAAGUCGGAAUCGGAGGGAAUAAAAGAAGGAAUAAAAGAAGCCGAGCCAAGUAUAAAGAAAAUGCCGUUGCCGUUCCAGGGGCGUUGGGGGAAAGCGAGAUGCAAGGAGCUGCGGAAGAUGUAGAAGAGGAAGAGUGCUAGAAAGAGGGGGAUAAAGGAAGAAAAGAGGAGUCGUGGGUUUUGCGGCAGGUAGGUGUUGGGAGGUGGGAAGCGCUGAGCAGCAUCAGUUGCACCUGGGGCGGGGGGUGGGAGAAUGGCUGGGGCUUGCAAGAAAACCCACAGCU